AUGCGUCGCCAUGGUAGGUCGGGCGGGGGCCCGACUAAGGCUGCCACGCCUAUGUCUGAUAACCUGUCCCUCAUCCAUUCUUUCGAUUCGGUCAUGAACCCGAACAGACCCGUGCGCCCCUCGCCCUUGGCUUCCUCUCACAUUAAAGCGCUGCCGCUCGAACUCGUUGAUCGCCUGCGCUCUUUUCCCCUCUUCCAAGCCACACCCGAAUCCUUCCUGAUCGAAGUCGGUCAGCACCUGCGCCCGCAGCUCCACGCCCCGAACGACUAUAUUUUGACUGAAGGUGACGAUGCAAGAGCAAUCUACUGGUUGGUGCGGGGCGCCGUCUCCGUCACAUCGCGGGACGGUGAAAGUAUAUACGCCGAGUUGGAACCAGGUUCCUUCUUUGGAGAAAUUGGUGUGUUAAUGGAUCGCCCGCGCACCGCGACUAUUAUCGCCCGCACCCGAUGCAUGCUGGUCGUGCUCUCCAAGGAGGACUUUCGCAACAUCCUUCCGCGCUUUCCGGAGGUCGAGCGCGCGAUCAUGGAAGAAGCCCAGGAGCGAUUGAUGAUUCUGGAGAAAAAGAAGAAAGAGACCUCGGCUCCCGUCGUGGACGACGAGCCCAGCCCCAGUCCAGUACGGAGAGGCUCAAAGCGAUUGCGGGAAAGCUUUUCUAAAGAUUUCAUUGUCACGGAAGAUGAGGAUUUGAAUCUGAAGUCGGUCUACAAAAAGCGGAAAUCACCGAGCCCGGGGCGACGAGAUGCAGCCAGUGCACUAGCCAAUGGACUGGUGAACGUCCGUCUGCUGCUCAAAGAACUCCCGCUCUUUUCCGGGCUACCUGCCGAUAUUCUUCACUUCUUGGGCUUGAAUGCCCAGCCAGUUUCCUUUCAUCCAUUUACCGACAUCAUCAAGCAAGAUUCCCCGGGCCGCGAUCUUUAUUUCAUCGUUCGUGGUGAAGUAGAAGUUGUGGCUGAGAAGCGCGAGUCAAACAACGAAGAUCAUAGCAAGCCUAAUGGAGUUGGUCACGGGGCUGUGGAGAUAAAAGCAAGACUCAAGCAGGGGCAAUAUUUUGGUGAAGUGGUCAGUUUGGCGCUAGCGCCGCGAAGAACCGCAACUGUUCGUUCUGUUACAUUAGUGGAGUGCCUCAUGCUGAGUGGGGAUGUGCUCUCUAAAUUCUGGGAGAUGUGCCCUCAGGAUAUUCGGGAUCAGGUGGAGCGCACUGCUCAAGAAAGACUACAGGCAGCUUCUGAUGGCGAUGUAGUCAUGACAGAUGCUUCUGAUGAGCAAACACCGAUGGGUGACUUGAACAUUGAUGAUCGUGUGAAAAUAAGCUCGGCUCGGAGAAAGUCCAUGCCUCUAUUGACAUUGACUGAGACUGAGCUUGAUGGCCCACACCAAUCCUUAACUGGUGAAGAUCAGGAGCACCCUUUGGCACGACCAUCUGACCCAGAUCCUUAUUUGAGCCUCGGGCUAGACAAUGUCCGACUUAGAAGCCGGCGUGGCUCGGUUGCACCUAUGACCCCAGAAGAAAUGUCGGGCGAAUUUCAGCGACAUUCUCCCUCAGAACCUCGUUCUGCUACUUCAUCAACCUUUGCGCUUCCUGAAACGGUCGAACUUCCCAAACUACAGCGGGUUACACGCCACUCGGGAGAAGCUCAACACUCCUUCUUUCCAGAUCGCAUUCUGCUGAACAUAUUUCGGUUCCUGGAAUUCCACCACCUCCUUCGACUCCGUGCGGUGUCGUCUCGCUGGUGUGAUAUUCUGAACAAGUCAUCGGAGCUGGUUCAGGAUCUCGACUUAAGCGUUUACAACCGCAUAGUCACCGAUGAGGCCCUUGUGAAGAUUAUAUGUCCAUUCGUUGGUAGCAGGCCCCGCUCUGUGAAUAUCAGCAAUUGUUUUCAUAUCACCGACGAAGGAUUCAAUGCACUAGUGAAUACAUGUGCACCUAACUCUACGACGUGGAAGAUGAAAAGUGUCUGGGAUGUCACGGCAUCGGCGAUUCUCGAAAUGUCUAGCAAAGCUACCAGUCUACAGGAGGUAGACUUGAGCAACUGUCGAAAAGUAGGGGAUACUCUGAUGGCUCGAAUCCUCGGAUGGGUAAUCCCUGGAAAUCAAAAGCCUACCGAAGGCAAAAGUGCUUCUAUCAAGCCCACGCUACAGACAGGAGAUAGCUUAGUCUAUGGCUGUCCGCAGCUGAAGAAGCUCACACUCUCGUACUGCAAACAUGUUACGGACCGCUCAAUGCACCACAUCGCUUCGCAUGCAGCAGGUCGAAUCGAAGAAAUGGACUUGACUCGCUGCACAACGAUCACGGACCAAGGUUUCCAAUAUUGGGGGAAUGCUCGGUUCACCAACUUGCGAAGGCUCUGUUUGGCGGACUGCACCUAUUUAACCGACAAUGCCAUCGUGCAUCUCACCAACGCUGCAAAGCAGUUACAGGAAUUGGACUUGUCAUUCUGUUGCGCCUUAUCUGAUACGGCAACAGAAGUCCUUGCGCUUCAAUGCUCCAACUUGAAGUAUCUGAAUAUGUCGUUCUGUGGUUCCGCGAUUUCCGAUCCCUCUCUUCGAAGUAUUGGCCUCCAUCUCCUUUCACUCAACCAUCUCUCCGUGCGUGGCUGUGUCCGCGUUACUGGUGUAGGCGUUGAAGCCGUGUCCGAAGGCUGUCACCAACUCGACUCUUUCGAUGUUAGCCAAUGCAAGAACCUACUUCCGUGGCUUGAAGAUGGUGGCGCAGUGCGUUACCAGCCACGAAUCAACUUCCAACUCGUGGCGUCCAAUGGAAGAAACUUCCGAUGA